AUGAGUGCUCCUGGAUGGGUUCACGUCUGGGAUAUGCCUCCGGAAGUGUUCAAGAAGCCGCUCGCCUUUUUCCACAAGAAGUGCGGCGGCCCGAACACCGAGCAUGCACCAGUGAAAUGCGACGUUCUGGAAACAGACAAGCAGGAAGUUGUGAUGGAGACAAAGUCUGCAGCCGCAGCAACCGCCCUUGUCGCGGCCGUGACUAAGUGGAAGGUGGGCAUCCCGAAGAUGAAAGCCAAGGUGAUUAGUGCAGAAGAGCACACCCAGCUAGUGGGAACCUCCACCACAAGCGAAAUUGUGCUGGUGAUUAAUUUGCCAGAAGAUAUCGAGGAUGUGAAUGACAUGAAGUUGAUGUCGGACAACAUCAAGAGCGCGCAGAUUGGACACCAUGCCACUUUAGGCCGCAUCGCAAUCGCGGAAACGGUGGACGUUGACGCGGCCAACGCCUGCAUAAAGACUUUCAACAUCCCCCAUGCCAACGGAGUCAUGACAGCGGAGCUCAUCACAGCGGCCAAGAAGGAGUCGCUCUUGCAGCAGUGCGUGUCCAUGGAGAAGGAUCCGGGACCUCGACCGCGCAGUCGGACUCCGCCCAGGAUGCCCAACCUCACCCAAGCGCAGAUCGACGAGCAGAUGCGCGAGCAGAGGCGAUCACUCAAGGAGCAGUAA